AAACCCUUUUGUCUGAAAUCUAUUCUCGGUCCAAAAAUCAAAGCUUUUGUUUCUUCCCUUUUCUCUGUUUUCGAUUUGGUUGAUUAAAAUGGGUUGUGCGAGCUCAAAGAAUCGAAACCGUUGCCGUAAUUGCAAGGGAGGAUUAUCGCCGGUGAUUGUGCCACGAAGCUAUUCAAUGCACGUUCAUCAUCCAGCACAACACACCGGAGAUAGUUAUCACACGGUGGCUCUCACUUCCUCCACAAUUGGAUCUCUUAGUCUUUGUGAUUCUUCUCUCAGGCAUUUUCACAAACACUUGGAAGACUCUAUUUACAAGCAACGCGUUUCCGAGCAAAUGUGUGAGGAGAAGCUAAUCUCCGGUAAUGGGUUUCUUCACGGCGAUGAAGAGAAUGAUAUUAAGGUCAGAGAUUUCAGAGAGAAGAUGAAUUUGGAUUUGCAAGCUAAGGUUAUUGAAGCUAGGGUUUGGUCAAGUAUGAUAAACGAGAAAAUACCUAAGAUUGUGCCUAAAACUCCAAUAGUGACGCCUCCUGGAGAGCCAGAGACGAUCAAUACGUGGGAAUUGAUGGAAGGUCUUGAAGAUGUUAGUCCUUUACGAUCACCGAAUCACUUGAGGAGCUUCUCUUUUGAUGUUGUUCGUAUCCAACCUAGUCAUGAUGUUGAUGUUUCGUUUGAUCGUGCUAAAUCAAGGUUUCGUGAGAAUGUUAAGUCCAAUAGCAGAGUUGAUGAUUUGGAGCCACCUGAGAUAGUUUCAACUUUCACGAAAUCGCUUGAAGAAAAAGGAAACUGCAAAAGAAAGAGUUUAGGUAAAGAAAAAGUGAGACUUUACUUCACAAGCCUUAGAGGUAUAAGGAAAACAUAUGAAGACUGCUGCAAUAUCCGGAUAAUACUGAAAAGCUUAGGAAUUCGGAUCGAUGAGCGCGAUGUAUCAAUGCAUUCGGGUUUCAAAGAUGAGCUGAAGAAGCUAUUGGAGGAUAAAUUCAACAAUGGCGUUGGAAUAACACUGCCUAGAGUUUUCUUGGGGAACAAGUAUCUUGGCGGAGUAGAGGAGAUUAAGAAGUUGAAUGAAAAUGGAACACUUGAAAAGCUGAUAAUAGACUGCGAAAUGGUUGAAGAUGGCUUAACGGGUUUUGGUAACGAAUGUGAGGCUUGUGGAGAUGUUCGGUUUGUGCCGUGUGAGACAUGUUCAGGCAGCUGCAAAAUUUACCAUGAAGAAGAAGUUACAGAGUAUGGAUUUCAAAGAUGUCCAUAUUGUAAUGAGAAUGGAUUGAUCAGAUGUCCUGUGUGUUGUGACUUGUGAGUGAGUCAAUAUACAAAACUCUGUUUC